AUGACACCAGAGGAGAAAAAAGAGCUGCUCUUCAAUAAGACCAAUGAAGCUCCCAGUGAUAAUGAAAGGAAAUCUGAGUUAUGUAGUCGCAGUUCUCUUUUAAUCUCACAAGCAGUAAAUAGAAGUAUAUUUAACAUAAAGGCUUCACCUGCUACUGAGAGAACCUGCUCCAUUCUGGGUGAAGAGGAUGAACCCAAGGUCCCUCCGCUCUUCACUGAAUUAGAUGAACUUAUUUCAAUUAACGAGAAAGAAUUUCAUUGGAAGGAAACAACGAGGUGGAUAAAGUUUGAGGAAAAAAUAGAAGAAGGAGGUGAAAGAUGGAGCAAACCUCAUGUUGGCACACUGUCUUUACACAGCUUAUUUGAACUACGUACCUGCAUCGAAAAGGGAACACUUCUGUUUGACUUAGAAGCCAAAAAUUUUAAGGAGAUAUUAGAGAUAAUUAUCAACAAAGAAAUCAUAAAUGGAAAUCUUAGAAGUGAACUCAAGGAAAAAGUCACAUAUAUCCUUCUUAGGAGUCAUAAGCACCACACAAAAAAGUCCAGAAUACAGGUUAUGGUUGAUUUAGGGAGGAGAAUUUCCUGCACAAGUAAAUCUGCUCCCUUGAAUUAUAACAGAACUACAGAUAUUUCUAAUGAACUCUCGGGAAAACCACUCCGGGAACAGCUGGAAAAUAAGUUCAAAAAGCAGAUCCCGGCGGGUGCUGAAGCCAUUAAUGUGCUUGUAGGUGAAGUAGACUUUCUGGAUAAGCCAUUUGUUGCCUUUGUUCGACUAAAACAGGCAGUGAUCCUUGGGGCUCUUACAGAGGUGCCUCUGCCAACCAGAUUUCUCUUCAUUCUUCUGGGGCCAAGAGCAAAGGCAAUGAUUUAUCAUCAUAUUGGGAGAGCUGUUGGAAUUUUACUUACAGACGAGUUAUUCCAUAUUGCAGCAUUCAAAGCAAAAGCAAGAGAAGACCUUCUAGUUGGAUUUGAUGAUUUCCUUGAUGAGGUAACUGUGCUUCCUCCCGGGAGAUUGGAUCCCACUUUACGAAUAGAACCACCGAAGCUACUUCCAUCAGUACACAAGAGAAAAUCUGCAUAUUCCCGUAGUUCUAAAUCUUGCCUUCACAAAGGAGGUCGUAUUCAUGAAGAGAGGCAUGGGAGUACUCUGCAUGUUGCUGAAGAUUUGAAGAAAACAGGAAAGCUUUUUGGGGGAUUCGUUAAUGAUAUCAAAAGAAAAGCACCAUGGUUUGCCAGUGACUUUUAUGAUGGUAUGAACCUCCAGUGCCUUUCGGCUAUCCUGUUCAUCUAUUUGGCCAGUGUAACAAAUGUAAUUACAUUUGGAGGCAUAUUGGGAGAUGCAACUGAUAAUAUGCAGGGAGUAGUGGAGAGCUUUCUCGGAACAGCAAUAGCUGGAGCAGUAUUUUGUCUCUUUGCUGGUCAGCCAUUAACAAUUCUUGGUAGCACUGGCCCUGUGUUAGUCUUUGAGCGCCUUUUAUUCAACUUCAGCAGCGAUUAUAAGCUCGACUAUUUGGAGUUUCGUCUUUGGAUUGGACUGUGGACAGCAUUCUUUUGCCUCCUCCUGGUUGCCACCGAAGCUAGCUACCUAAUCCAAUACUUCACGCGAUUCACUGAGGAAGGCUUCUGCACAUUAAUCAGCUUCAUUUUCAUCCAUGAUGCUUUUAAGAAAAUGCUUAUUUUGGCCAAGAAUUAUCCAAUCAAUUCUGAUUACAAUGUUGACCACGUUACACUAUAUGACUGCUCUUGUCUACCGUCUGAAACAGGUAAUGUUUCAAGUCUAUUUAACAAAACAACCGAGGCAAACUUUGAACUUGGCCCUGUCUCCUACAAUGUAACUUUUGACUUGGCAUCUGGCAACUGGUCUUCACUGACAAAAAAGGAUUGUCUGAAGUUUGGAGGACAGCUAGUUGGUGAAACCUGUGACUAUAUUCCAGAUAUUGCACUGAUUUCUUUCAUUCUAUUCUUCGGAACAUUUGUUUGUUCCAUGUCACUGAAAAACUUUAAAACAAGUCGAUAUUUUCCAACCGCAGUCAGGAAGUUGAUCAGUGACUUUUCCAUAAUUUUGUCAAUACUGAUCUUCUGUGGAGUUGAUAUCCUUGUUGGCGUGGACACCCCCAAACUCAUCGUGCCAAGUGAACUCAAGCCAACAAAUCCAAACAGAGGGUGGUUUGUGUAUCCAUUUGGAGCAAAUGAAUGGUGGAUAUGCCUCAUUGCGAUUGUGCCUGCUUUACUCGUCACAAUACUUGUGUUUAUGGAUCAGCAGAUUACUGCAGUCAUCUUGAACCGUAAAGAACAUAAGCUCAAGAAAGGUGCUGGCUUUCACCUAGACCUGUUCUGGAUAGCUCUUCUUUUGAUUCCUACUUCAUUCAUGGCUCUGCCCUGGUACGUGUCUGCAACUGUAAUAUCCCUUGCGCACAUAGACAGCUUGAAAAUGGAGACUGAAAAAUCUGCCCCUGGUAUAGAACCCACAUUUAUGGGAGUGAGGGAACAGAGAGUGAGUGGGCUGGUUAUUUUUAUUCUCAUUGGUUUAUCGCUCUUCCUGGCUCCAAUUCUUAAGUAUGUGCCAAUGCCAGUACUGUACGGAAUCUUUAUGUAUAUGGGUGCAUCUGCUCUCAGCAGCGUCCAGUUUAUGGACAGACUGAAGCUGCUGUUGACACCUCCCAAUCACCAGCCUGAUUUAAUAUACUUGCGUCAUGUCCCACUGCGCCGCGUUCAUCUGUUCACGUUAAUCCAGUUCUUGUGUUUGGUUGUGUUGUGGGUUCUGAAAUCAACGGAUGCUGCAAUAAUCUUUCCAGUUAUGCUCCUGGCUUUGGUGGGGAUACGAAAGUCAAUGGAAUGCAUCUUCAGUAGACAUGACCUAAGCUGGCUUGAUGAUGUAAUGCCGGAGAGAGAGAGAAAAGAAAUAGAGGAAAAAAAUCCAGAGAAGGACAUUUCGAGUAUUGAAAGCGAAGAUUCUGAAUACCGGUAUCUACAAAAAGCACCUGACAUAAAUAUCUCCUUGAAUUGAAAGAAUAAAUGGAUAGUACACUACUCGUGGUGAUGUUCCCAGUGAAAGAGACUUGGAAUGUUGAUGUCUAACAUUGGAUGGAGUUGCUGGAAGAAAUAAAAUGAAAUUGUUCUGAUCACAAAAUGGAAAAUAACUCUUAUUAAUUUGUGAAAAAUAGUUACUCAUUGAUUGUUUUAAUUGAAAAGGAACCUUGAACAAGUUCAUCUGCAUCUUUACCCACUUUGUCAUUGUUUUAAAACCAAAGUACCUUUAACUGGAAUACCUACCCUUCCAUUAAAGUACAGUAUUUGAGUUUUUGUUUUCACUGGUGGGUGUAAGUUACAGUAGUGAAGCAGUUUCAUUUGUAUCCUUGUUUACAGUCAUUUCAGUUAUAAAGGAAUCUUUGAAGUUGCAUUAAGAUUAGGUGAAAAGUUUACACAUCUUUCAGUCAAAAAGUUGGGAAGAAAAUGUUUAUUUAAAAAAACAUUCAUGCCAUACCUCUGAUAAUAAAUUUAUUGCAAUUGGGAACUUUAAAGUACAAUAGAUUAAAAUACAUUUUAAUGAUACCACUAGUAAGAGCAACUUUUCUCUUAUAAUUUUGCUGAUGCCAGUGCUAAUUCUCUUUAAAACCGAAAUGGCAUUUUAUUCCAAUGUUUAAAACACAACAAAGUUGGGAUUUUUGGGGGCGAGUCUGCCUCAGUGCCCUUCUCAUUCCCAGAAAUAAAGUUAAUUUUCUUUUUACUAAUUCAUUUCUUGGCACUUGAAUGUCACUGGUAAGGUCAGUGUUUAUUGCCCAUUCCAAGUUUUACUUAUUGAUAGUGAUCCUUUCUGGUAAAGAUAGUUCUACGCACAGUCAAUAGUUCAAAACGUUAUCCUAUCGGGGGUUCUGUAAAUGAAAAACACUUGUUACACAUAAUUUAGAUUUAUUGCUGUGUGUGGAAACUUUUAAUUUUAAAAGGUAAAAGGAGAAUUUAUUGGAAUGUAUACUCUGUGCUCUUUUGCUCUGGGCCUAAGUUAGAAGCCAAAGUGAAGGAGUUAACGUUGUCUUGGCACAUUUCCUGCAGGAGCAAGUUUAUGAAAUCUCUGAUAAUCUAAGACAGAUUAACACUGAACUGAUUUCCAAGUCAGUAGCUCCCCAAUGAACAAAAUGUACAGUUUUAAAAAUAGAAAAAAAACUGAAUGGCAAGUUAUUAUUUUUGUGAUUUUUUUUAAAUGCAUAAUCUGAACCAAUAUAUGUCAUGACCAGUUAAUUGUGGCAAAGUUGCAAUUAUUUAAGGAGAAAAAAAACAGGGAAAGAACUCGUGUUUGAAAUGAUAAAAUUAAUAUAGAGAAAUGAUACACAGACCAUAUAAAAAUACAACUAUUUGAGUUUGUUAAAAUGACAAUUUCUCAUUAGUACUGAAAAUAACACCUUGAAUAUAAGUUGCACCUUUAAUGUUACAAAAUACUCUAAGGCAAAACAGAAGAAUAUUAUCAAACAGUAUUUGAUAUUGACCAUACUGGAACAUAUUAGGAUAAAUUUUGAUUCAAAGGAUAUGUUGUAAGGACCAUCUUAAAUGAAAAAAAUACAGAGAAUCAGAGAGGAUAAGUGUUGACUUAUUGUAAAAGAAUGUUUGAUGGGUUUGAGUACCAUAGGCUGAAAUAUCUGUUUGAAUGCUGUAACUCUGACUCUAAGGUAUACAGCAGGGAAGUCAUGUCGACAUAUUGAUGAGAUUAUACUCAAUAAUAGAGGCCAGUAGAACACUGAAAUAAAAGAAGGGAAGGAGCUGUUGUUCAAUUUGAACAAGAUCCAGACAUUUUAAGAAUGACAUCUAAACCGCAUACAUUUACCAAGGGAAGAGGAACUUGCCUAUAAAGAGAGUUGAUGACUUAAGAUUUUUAAAUCCUCUACUUGUAAAGGUUUUCGAAGUAAAUAAGAACCAUAAGAAAACAAAUUGUCUCCAAUAAUGUCGCAUUGACUGGUCACAAAUCUACAUUAAUCAUAAAACAUUUGAAGUUGAGGAAAAAAAUAUGUAGUGAGUGGUCGGUAGAAUGUGGAAUUCUCUGCCAUAUGUGAUCGUUGCAACAGAUAAUCAUUUUAAAAGGAGUUAAAUCAUUUUUUUGAAACUGUAUUAAAAUAUACAAAGGAAGCAUGGGAGGGAUAAAGAUAAAUGAACUAAACAGGAUGAAGAGCAAAAUCCCAGUGUAGAUUUGUUUAAACUAUAGCUUUCUUUCAGUGUUCUUGUGUAAGUAUGAAAUUAACCUGUUGUUUUUGUUGAUUUUUCAAGAACCAGAAUGUAGAAAUUUCUACAUAAUGUCUUGUUUUAGCCAAAUCACUGAUAUGUAUUUUGAAAAAGAUUCUUUUUAAUUGUUUGUCAGGUAUCAAAUAACUGUUUACAUCUAUAUCUGAGACUGGAUUUAUAGUUUGAUUGCAGUAUCAAAUACUAGUUUUUGAUAGUUUGUUCCUUUCAUUAGUUAUUCCUAGCCCCUUGGUUGCAAAAGCAAUUGAUUAGUAAUUUUUUUAUAACCAUGUAAAGUACAGUCAAACUUCAAUAAUUUACCAUCCGUUGUUCUGGAAUGAUUACGGUUUAACAUUGAGCCGACAUAGUAGUUCAGAGUAUGAGUCAGAGGCCCAGAGUGCAGGGUAGGUGUGCAGCCAGCAUAGGAUCUGGAACAUUUUCUCCUUUACUGGCUUUCUUCCCUCUUCACUCUCAGCUUUGAUGCAAUGUAUCAACCUGAAAUAUCAACAUUUCCAUUCACACAGAUGACACUCAACUACUGAGUUCCUCCAGCGGGAUCAGGAACUUGGCCAGCAAUGCAGCUACAAUAUUUUCUGCUCUUUUUAAACUCACUGUGUUCACUGGAAAACUUGUGCUGCUUUGAAAAUGUAAAAAGAAAUUGCAUCACAACUUCAGCAUCAGCAAGGUCUGAGAGUACCAGACUACCAGAGCUUUACUGUAUAUAAUAUACCAAUUUUUCAUUCUAAUUUGCAUUCUGAUUUAAGAUAAUGUACUAAAACUGUUGAAGAUCCUCUCUCUUGCUUCAUUUUUUUGGAGUUUGCUAUAUUAAGGCGGAGAUAACAGUAAAAGCUGAGCGAGUCGGGCAGACCUAUAAAGGAGAAACAGUUGAUGUUUCAGAUUACUGACCCAUCCACGGAACUGGAAAAUUGAGAAAAUGAAUGUGUUAAAUUGUGGAGUGGGAAAAGGGUGGACAGAACAAAGGGAAAGUUUGUGAUAGGGUUCAGAUUAAUGUUGUCUAGACAACACAAUGUUUUAGUGGCCAGGGGAAAGGACAAACUCUGUCUAAGCCGUGGAGCAGUGUAAACAGAGGAAGGUAAGAGAGAAAGGCUGGAACUGUGAAAUGCAGAGUAAGGCAGUCACUGGAAAUACUCAGUAAAUCACAUUGAUUCAUGGAGAGAGAAGAAGAGCUCAAUUACAGGUCUUGUUCCAGAACAGAGCACAAACAGGAAAGGCUAUGAUCCAAAAUUGUUGAGUUCGAUAUCAUAUCUGGAAGACUGCAACCCCCUUAUGCCAAAAUUCCUUAAAAGGGACUGAUUUCAAAUAUAAAUUCAAAGGUCCCGGUGAUCUACAUCCAAUAGUUUUGAAAGAUUUGCAGAUAGUAGAUAUUCUGGGUGUGUUUCAAAUUUCCACAGAUUCUAGAAUAUUCCUGUAGACUGGAGGGUUGUAAAAAUAAUCACUGCUCUUUAAGGAAGAGAAAACAAUUGAAGGCUAGUUAGCCUGACAUCAGUAUUAGGGAAAAUACUGGACUCUAUAGCUUUAUUAUCAGUCACUUAGAAACUAUAUAACUGAGAAGUGAUACGGAUUUAUGAAAGGAAAAUCAUUUUAAGACCUCUACUAGGUUGAGUAUGUAUGUAUUAGAGCAGAUGUACAGUAUUUAGAUUUUUAGAAAAUGCUACGAUUAUGUCAAAAUACUUGGAAUUGGGAGUAAUAGUCAUUUGAGUAUUUAAUGGACAGGAAACAAAGUGGGAAUAAAUAGAUCCUCAUUAGAUUGGUAGAUGAUUAGUUUUAUACCACAGAGAUUGAUGAUUGGACCCCAGUGUGGGUUCAAUACAUUUUUUGUACUUCAAAAUAUUAAAUUAAUUCAAAGGAAAACACGAGAGUCCAAAAAUACUGGUAUAGUAUAAUCAGAAUUUACUUCAAGUGAGACACGCACGUAACACGUAGUGGCGUGAUGACGCAUGCAUUCAACGUAUUUUUACAUCUAACCCGUAAUUAAGCAUUCUUGUUCAUUUCAAUAAUUAAUCAAACUAUAUAUAAUACUACGCAAAUAUGAUUGAAACAUUAAAUACACAACACUCCUGUAAACUCCACUCAAUAGUAAAUGCAUCCCCACUACAUACCGUGCUGUGGAUACAACUACAUACAGAGAGUAUGUUUAAAUUAUCCCGUUCAGACAUUAAGAUUUAAUCGCUGUAGAGAAUUUCUUACUCUUGAGAGGUAACGUUUUUCCUGACAAGGGGGACCAUUCUGUUUGGAAGGUGAGAAUCGUGGCUGUGAAACAAUCUCAUGUUCUGGCGUCUCCUCCGUGGAGAUUGUAGUUGACUCAGAGACUGCAGGAACUGGUUCUAACAAUGAUCGUCACCUUUCUUCUUCUUCCUUUUUCUUGUGGGUUGUGAAUCUUGAUCUUGGAAAGAUGCUUUUACUUCACUGGAGAAUUCUCUUAUUAAUCCUUCUAUUUGCUCCCUUUAUGAUCUGAUCUCUUUCUCCUGCACAACAUCACCUGACGAAUCAAUCCAUUGACUCCUUUCUUUUUGUCCUUUCAUUCAUCCAUCUGGGCUUUGGUCUUUGCAUCUAUUUUUACAAGCAGUGUUAUUUACAAGUUCAUGGGAUGACGUUAAUGAACGCAGAGUAGAUCCUGAUUCUUUAUUAUCACAAAAACCGGAUGCUUGCUACUUUUCUGAAGCUCCUUGAACUCUUUUCCAGCUUAAAACCAAGCCACAUUUCGCAAGUAACUGCCUGAUUAACAGAACAGAAACUUUCUCAGAUACGUUGCUUACAGAAAAUGUUGUAGUUGGACCACUGCUUUGAUUACUUACACGUUUCCUCUGAGCAGCACGGUCCUUUCUUGGUCCAAUAUGCUUUCCAACCACGACACGGGGGUUGGUACCAACACCUGUUUAUCCUCGGUUGGGCAGACUUUCAUGGUGUUCGGUAUGUAGACAGUUGUGGCAUCAUCCAAUAACUUUCUUAAUUCACUUUCAGUUGGGUUCAUUGCAAGGGUUAUGGCACGCAAACGGUGAAUGGAUCUCCAAUCAAGUUGUAGUAGUCUCAGCCAAUCACACCCCCACGAUGCUGGUCCUCCUGUUUUUACCACAUACAAGCUCAAUGUGACCUGUUGGUUGUUGUAUUUCACUGCAAAAAAUGUCACUCCCACAGGAUUUAUUUUUUCUCCAGUAUAAGUUCUCAGUUGGAUAUCUGGAGGCUUCAGUUUAGUAUUUAUGAAAUGCAGUUCAAACUCAUUUUGUAGAAUGACUGAGACAGCUGAACCGGUGUCCAGCUCCAUUUUUAUUUAAUUUGCAAUUCACUUCUGAUGUAAGCCAUAUUGCUUGUCUCUUGUUAGUUUUCACAUUAUGAAUCUUAGUACUCAGUCCAAUGUCACUCUCAGGUUUUUCCUCAACAGCAUGCAGAUUAGUGCUCUUUUUGAAACUGCAAAAUGGACUUUAAUCUUUUUCUCUUUUCUGCGCCAACAACUUAUGUUUGUCUGCCUGACGUCUUCUUUGUGUAUUGUCCUCCUUUGUUGCAUUUUCUGCAAGUUUUGCUUCUAAAUCUGCAUUUGUUUGGUCUUUAUGAGCCCCUGUCGCAAUAGUAACACAAUUUGCAGGGGCCAGGCCGGUUUCUGUUUAGACUUUGCAAUUUUGCUCACACUCACUUUCAUUCUUAACUGCAACUCAAUUGUGUCUCUGUCUGCAAUUUCCAUUGAAACAGCAAUUUCCACUGCGUGUUUGAAUGUGAGCUGUGAUUUCCACCAUGUAAGCUGAAAUGGAAUUGCCUUGCUUUUGAUUCUGCUUAUAAAACCUAAAAUAUUUUGCAAUCAACAAUAGCUUUGGUUCCAAGUGAUCCUGCAUUACUUUAACAAUAGAAGCAACGCUCAUUUAUGAUGGUUUAGUCAGAGAAGUCAAACUUUGAAGCAAACAGUAUGUCCUUAAACCUAAUGCCCUUGGCACUUGCUUCUUGUCGGUUAUUUCAUAUAGCAUUCCAAUAGCUCAGCAUACAUGAGCCAAUUACCGUACCGUAAUCAAACCCAUCAAUCUUUCUGAUGUAGCCAGGCAUUUCUGAUUUUUUUAAAGAUUAUAAUGACCUAGUAUUCACUUUAUAUGAACCCCGAAUUCAUCCGUUUUAAAACUUUUUUAAAGAACUAUCGUAUCUUCCCUUCCAAAGAAUAUAUGCUGUGCUGCUUUUUGCUUAAAACUCAACCAUCUUGCUGCAUGUGCUGGACUGGGUAUUUUACUCGAUGUUCCUCUGAAUUUGUUUUAGUUCGAACUGUUUUAACAGGUCAGCAGCCAUCUUGAGUUCAUUUAAAAAAUACAUUGUCACCAAUGUCAUGUUCUGUACUUCAAAACAUUAAACUAAUUCAAAGGAAAACACAAGAGUCUGGGAACAAGGGUGUAGUUCGAGUUUACUUUAAGCGAGGUCUGCAUGUAUCAUGUGGCAGUGUGAUGACAUAUGCAAUUAACGUAUUUUUACAUGUAACCCAUAACUAUUUAAAAGAACAAGAACAUAAAAAAACACACACACACACACACAUACAUACAUACAAGAUUACUCAAAUAUUAUUGAAACAUUAAAUACACAAUCGCUAUGCAUUUUUAAUAGAGACUGGGAAGUAUUGAUCUGCAAAGGGGUCUAGCAGCCAUUGUCUUGCUUCAUUGAAAAUUAUCAUCUGGGCACAAGAGGCAGAAAGGAAGACAAAUUUCAUGUUAUGUUCUUUAAGACUAUAAGAAAUGGAAGCAGAAUUAGGCUAUUCAAUCCUACAGUCUGCUCCAUCAUUCUAUUAUAGAUGAUAUGUUCCUCUCAAACCCAUUCUCCUGCAUUCUCCCCGUAACCUUUAAUGCCCUUUCAAAAAGUAGUAGAUACAGCCCAGUCCAUCACGGGUAAAGCCCGCCCCUCCACUGAACACAUCUACAUGGAGCGCUGUCUCUGGAAAGUGGCAUCUAUCAUCAAGGACCCUCAUUAUCUAGGCCAUGCUUGUUUCUUGCAGCUGCCAUCAGGAAGGAGAUAAAGGAGCUUCAGGACCCACAACAUCACAGUCAGGGACAGUUAUUACCCUUCAACCAUCGAGCUCUUGAACCAGAGGAGAUAAUUUCGCUCACCCCAACAUAGAACUGUUCCCACAACCUAUGGAUUCACUUUCAAGGACUGUUCAUCUCAUGAUCUUGAUAUUUAUUAUUAUUAAUUUUCUCUUGUAUUUGGACAGUUUGUUGUCUUUUGCAUAUCGGUUGUCCAUCUUAUGUGUGGUCUUUCAUUGAUUCUUUUGUGCAUUUUUGUAUUUACUGUGAAUGCCCACAAGAAAAUGAAUCUCAGGAUUGUAAGGGGUGACAUGUACAGACUGUACUUAAGACAAUAAAUUUACUUUGAACUUAUAAUCAAGAAACUGUCAACCUUCGCUUUAAAUAUACUCAAUGAUUUGGCUACCACAGCCAUCUAGUAAUGAAUUCCAUAGAUUCACCCACCAUCUGGCCAAAAAAAAAAUCCUCAUAAUCUCUGUUCAAAAGGGACAUCUUCUAUUCUGAGCCUCUGGUCCUAGACUCUCCCACUAAUGGAAACAUCCUCUCUACGUCCAGUCUGUCGAAGUCUUCCUUUACUUAAUAGGUUUCAGUGAGAUGGCCGCUCAUUUUCUCAACUCAAGUGAGUACAGGGCCAGAGCCAUCAAACAGUCCUCACACAUUAACCCUUUACCCAGAAUCAUUCUCAUAAACCACUUCUGGGCCUUCUGCAAUGCCAGCAGCCCCGUUUCUUUGAUAUGGGGCCCAAAAUUGCUUUCAAUGCUCCAAAUGCCAUCUGACCAAUGCCUUACAAAGCCUCAGCAUUCCAUCUUUGAUUUUAUAUUCUAGUCUUCUUUAAAUGAAUUGCAUUUCAUCUACUUACUAGCAACUCAACCUGCAAGUUAACACCUAUAGGGACUCCUGCACUAGGAAUUCUAAGCUCUUUUGCACCUCCAAUUUCUGAAUGUGCUCCCUGUUUAGACAACAAUCUGUCUUUAUUCCUUCUUUCAAAAUACAUGACCAUACACUUCCCUACACUGUAUUCCAUCUGCCACUUCUUUGUCCAGUCUCCUAAUCUAUCCAAGUCCUUCUGCAGAUUUCUUGCUUCCUCAACAGUACUUGCCCUUCCAGCUACAUUUGUAUCAUCUACAAUCUUUACCACAGAGCCAACAAUUCCAUCAUCCAGAACAUUAACUAAUUGUUAUAAAUCAUUAUAUAUGGUCAUGGUGAGACUACUUCUGGAGUAUUGAGUGAAAUUCUGACAUAUAUAUACACACACACACACAUUUGCAAUGGAAGAAAUGCUGUGAAGAUUCAACACUUAUAGUAACUUCUUAGAGAGCUUGGCAGGCUUUGUAUAGGGAGGAACCUUCCCCAUUGAGAAAUAAUUCUCAGAGUUAUGGUCUUAAAAUAAGCAUGAGGGCAUUUAUAAAUAAAAUAAGGAGAAACAUUUUCACUCAAAGGACAGUGAAUGUUUGGAAUUCUCCAUCUCAAUUAGUUAUUUCAUUCAAAACUGAGAAUGACAGACUUCUCAUUAUUAGAAGGAGCAAAACACAGGGAUACAGCAGGAAAAUAAAGGUAGGUCAGGCAGAGUCUACUUACUGGUGAACAAUUAAAGAUUGUGGAUGGUUGUUAUGUGUUGAAAUCAAUGAGCAAGUUUGCGGAAAUAUAGCCAGCUUUCAUCUUGUAUGGCUGAUGAGAAAUAAAGCUACAAAUUAAUGACAUGGCACACUCUACUCGAAAUGUCAGUGACAGUGACCUAGGGUUUCUUCUUCACUCUUAUUCACUGCUUUCACUUUGCAUACCAAUUAUAUCAGCUGAACUUGCAUUCCACUUUUGUACUAUUACUUAUUAAUAAUAAAAGAUAAUUUAUUAACAGGUAAUGAUAAAUCCAAAUAAUCAACUGAUCUGAUUUGGCGCUUGUUCACAAUUUGAACCUGGCUAUGGAAGAAGUCAAACAAAAUAGAAAGUUCAUUAAUUAGUUUCAGAUGAGCUUCACCUAGUCUGAGGACAUUAUAUUGGAUGAGCAAGUGGUGCAAGAAAAUAAUAGUGGAUCAAAACAGGUACAGUAUUCUCCACUUCCUAUUUCCCUACAUGAAGGCAAAUAAAACAGAAGGGGGAAGACAAGAGUACUGGAGGUGUUGUUACAGGACACUUUGUUGAAUUUUAAUCUGACAGGUUUGUAAGGAAGAGAAAAUAUGAAGAAGUCCUAGGCAGGUCAGGCUACCCAUGCAUGAAGUGUUCUUCGGCCUCCAGCCAGUAGUCAUAUUUCCAUGUCUGCAAAGGUGGAAUGACUCCCUUUGGCAGAUCUUGCACUGGAAAGUGUACCAGUAAAGUGCAGAUGGCAAUACAAGAUUGAGGGAAUGCCUGACUAGUUGUUACACUGCAAAGUCUUUGCUUCAGAAGGUGUCUCAUACACACACACAAAAAAGUAAUCAGUGCUCAACGGCAAAUAAUAGGUAAAAUCUCCAAGUUGCUAACUAAUAUUUCCUUAAGUCCUGGCACAUGUAAUUGGCAAUAAAUGUGAGGACAUUAUUUCAGCCCUGUGGGUCAGGAGAGUAACAAAGUUCAGGAAUCCAUCACAAAUACCUGCUAAAUGCUGUAAGACUGACAGUAAUGGAGAUUGAAAUUAGUAGUGAUGCUGCAUAAGUACUGAUUUAUGAAAAUCGUGUACAGAAGAUAACCUUCAUCGCAUUACUAGUUCAUAAACCACUGUGUUGACUUUACACAGUAAUCAAAAUUGAUUGGGUGUUAAGCUGCUCCAAUAGUUUCUUGCGUUCUCACAUCUAAGGUUUUCUUUCCCUGGCUUUUGCUUGCCUUCACUUACUGAUCUGCUUUUUUUUACAAUUUCAGUUCAAAGCUUUCCAGCAGUGAUGUGUGGUAGGUAAAAUGAUACUCAUCAAUAUCAGCCACACACACUCAUCAACCAUCUCAAUGCAUCAGGAGCAUCCUACUAAACUCAUCAAUAUUUCUCCAUGCAUGCACAGUUGACAUGAAGUGUUCAGGCACAGUAAGUUGGAAGACAAAUGGUACGUUAGACUUCAAUGCAAGAGGAUUUGAGUACAUUUACAAGGAUGCCUUGGAGUUUCUGGCGCAGUUUUUGUUUCCUUAUCUGAAAAAAGACAUUCUUGCCUCUGUCUGGGUUGUCAGGACAGAUAUAUGAAGAGAUUCACAAGACUACAGAAGAAAGGGAGGAGAUCUCUUACAAAAUUAACAAAACUGAACAGACUAGGUUAUUUCUGAUGGCCAGAGAAUGCAGGACCAGGGCCAGAGUAUUAAGAUAUAUCAAAGCAUUCUCAUCAAUCCUGAAGAGAUCAGGAUCUAAUGGGCCCUGUAACACACUCAGGUGAACUGAGAUGAGCUAAAAUGGAGUAUACCAUUUGAACCAGGAUCAGGAAACCUUUCUUCAUGCAGACAGAUAUAUUCCUUAAUGCCAAAGGGAUCAAGGGAAUAUCAGUAGAGGAUAGGACCUGGAUGUUCAAGUCAAUGAUCAUGUCGAUUGGUGGAGAAAGGUGUAAAGUCCACUCUUGCUCCCAUUUUCCUGUGUUAAACACCUCUGAAUGACUAUUGAUGCUCCCCCUUAAGUCAUCAGCAUCUUCGUUCACUUUACAGCAUCACCACAAUUAAUCACUAACCCCUACACUGUCCUACCUCACACACAGUCAUCAACACCCAUCACAUUCACUUCUGUGAUGAUCAUUACACCCUCCCAAUACAUUAACACACCCCAUAUCCAUAAACAUCCUCACUCAAUGUACCUCCAUUCAUAAACAACUCUACCAAUUCAUCAACACCUGUCAUACUAUCAACACACCCUCAUACUAAUCAAUAUCCCUCUCACUUAAUUACAGCCUGAUACACUCAACUGCACUCUGCACACUUAUCAACACCCUUAGGGUCAUUGAUUAAGCACUAAAUAUUAUUCAGUUCAGAAGAAGUUUAACUCACACCCAAACCAUUGCUAACUGUCCCUCCAGAGACAAAAACUCUGGAAAUCAAUGAUUCUGGCUUUACUGCUCUGGAAGCCAGUGGUUUCGCGAGAAUCAGCCCCUACUUGA